AGUAAUAUGGCAGUUGGGUGCGAACGCUUAUUUUUCAUAUAACGUAAUGCGUCGCAUUUUGGGAACUCUGUCUGAACUUUAGCUUGGUGGAUCCUCUCUGAGGUCAAUUUCCAACAUGGCGCAACCACAUGGAAAGCAUCAAUGUCAUCAUCAUUACCAUCCUCGAUCUUAUUCAUGGGCGGCAAGUGUGAGUGUCGUCCUCAUCGUUACCACGCUGGUGCUUGUGGGGACCCAGGUUUUCCACGCCAGGCGCAUCGCUGGCUCGCAGCCGUUACAUCUAUUUGGCGAAAGCUCCACCGCGUAGUUCAUCACAGCGAGUACAAGUCAGUCCUACCGGAGCUGCUCGACCAUGCCGAGCCGCACUUCGUGGCCUUCACAAGCGGUUUAAACAGCGAGGGGCGUCCCUGGUGCCCUGACUGCUCGGCAGCGAUGCCUAUCAUCAGGGAGGUGGUGCUGGGGGCCGGCGGGUCGCUGUUGGAGGUGUCGGUGGGGACUCGGGCGGACUGGGCGGACCGGCAGCAUCCCAUGCGAGUGGAUCCACAAUGUCCGGUCCGCUACGUUCCCACGCUGUACCAUUGGUCGACUGAGGGUUGUGGCUCCUCCGUGUCUAACCCGCUGAGCAGCGACGAGACGGAGGAGAACCUCCGGCUGACGGUGGCCAAGUUCGUGCAGCAGACCGCAGCGGGGCAGCGGUACGUGGACCGGCUCACCCGGGAGAUCAUUCAAUCAGGCGGCAAGGGGUGCGGGGGCUGCUAGCCAGAGGCAGUAGCCCGCGGAGGAGUCGUGAGCCGGGGUCUCAAUGGAUCUGAAUUGGCGCUUUUUUAUAAUAAUGCGACAGCGCACGCGGUUCGUGCCAUGCAAGCUAAAGCAAUCGAGGUGCCCUGCCUGGGUUGCGGAUUGCUCGCAACUAUGUAGCUAUUAUUAUUGACUAUAGUGGUUGCGAUAAUCGCCAUUGCGAUAGGCGUAUCGAACGUAAUUUAAUGCUAGGCUGAGGGCAGGGAAGGGUUUUCUUCUUAAGCUAUUUGAUGGCUUGAUUUAGCUUUAUACACACGUGAUGGUGGCUGCGGGGCGUAUUGUCGGGUCAAGGGUCGAGUGGAACUGUGCAGAUGAAGUGAAAGGAGUGAAGGGAGUGAAACGUACGGAUGUCGUACCGUAGCUUAGCAGCUUUAGGUGGUUCACGCGCAUGUACCCCUUUCCUCGGAUGCGUCCCUCCCUCCUACCCUACAUCGCUUAGGAUUACCCAUUGCGGGCAGAGCGUGUAGCUAAGUAUGUUCAGGAAGUCUCUAUGUUGAUCUGCUACAUUGGCAUAGAUGUAACUGGAACCAUCC